CGUCACAAUUGCGGCCACGAUUACCGCUUUCUACGCGAGCUCCAGCAAAUAUCCAUGCCAACAACAACAACAACAACAACCGUGUCGCCACUAUCUGUAAUAUCUCACGUCGAAACUUAACAGCAGCAGCAGCCGCUCAACAAAAAAAUAAUAUGGAAGAAGCCAUGAACAACAUCGAGGAGCUCUUUUCUGCUGCAAAGGACGAGAUGGAGUUUGCACACGAGUCGGUUGGCUCGGUUUAUUACCAUGAAGAUCGGGUUACGGCUGAAAUAGCAGUGGGUGAAUGUUUGCAAGCAUUUGACAAGUUUCUCACAGACUUGCCUACGGAUGAAAUGCGUGAAGAGGUACAAAGCAAGGUUGGAAUGAAAAUCAAGGAAUUACAGAUGGAAUAUGAAUCGCUGCCCGAGGAAGGAGGUUAGGAUGGUGCCGUUUGCACCAAAGCAUUGCUCACUCCUCAACACAAGUCUGUCCCUGUGUGGGUGCAUGUGUGAGUGUACAUGGAUACGAGGACUUGCUAGAUAAACCUUCACCAUAUACUGUAAACAAAAUAAAUUACAUCGAAAAGGUUAUUAGAGGCACAACCAAAACUCAGGCGUGUCACUGCUUAUAUCCAUCUGUGACCUACUGGAGUUGUGUGUGCUACUUUCGCUCAUCCCAACUCCACCCUUCUCCCAGUUCUGCUAUUAUGCUAUGCACUUCAUAGUCCAUCCCAUUCAUUGCUGCGUAUGUUGACACGUCUUUUCUUCCAAUAUAUACACUCAUUAAAUUUCCUCUCUUUCU